UCGGCAGUGUAUCAAAUACUUGUUCUCCCCACUGUAUAUACCCCAACCAGAAGUCAUGGAUUACAGCCAACAUCUACACUGAGCGGGACACCAGUGGAGGCUGCUGAGGGGAGGGCGGCUCAUAAUAAUGGCUGGGAUGGAGUGAAUGGAAUGGCAUGUAACACACGUAAACCAUGUUUUUGCUGUAUUUGGUACAAUUCCACUCCAGCUAUUACAACGAGCCUAUCCUACCCAAUUAAGGUGCCACCAACCUCCUGUGCGGGACACCCUCUGUCGAACAUUCAAACAGGAAAAGCUUCAAUAGAGGACUGAGAUCGAAUCCUACUACACCGGCUCAUUCACAAAGCCACAGGGCCAUACGGAUUACCAGGACGCGUACUCAGAGCAUGUGCUGACCAGAUGGCAAGUGUCUUUACUGACAUUUUCCUCCUCUCCCUUACCCAGUCUGUUUCAAGCAGACCAAGAACGCAAAGGUAACCUGUCUGAAUGACUAUCGCCCUGUAGCACUCACAUCUGUAGUUAUGAAAUGCUUUCAAAUUCUGGUCAUGGCUCACAUCAACACCAUCAUCCCAGACAGCCUGGAGCCACUCCAAUUUGCAUAGAGCACCAACAGAUCCACAGAUGUCGCAAUCUCUAUUGCACUCCACGUGGCCCUUUCCCACUUGGACAAAAGGAACACCUAUGUGAGAAUGCUGUUCAUUGACUACAGCUCAGCGAUAAACAACAAUGGUGCUCUCCAAGCUCAUCACUAAGCUAAGGAACUUGGGACUGAACACCUCCCUCUACAACUGGAUCUUGGACAGGAAGCCACCAGGUGGUGAGGGUAGCCAACAACACAUCUGCCACACUGACCUUCAACACGAGGGCCCCUCAGGGGUGCCUGCUUGGUCUCAUCCUGUAUUCCCUGUUCAAAGUUGAUGAUGAGAAAGCAUAUAGGGAGGAGGGCAGUGUGGUGCCAUGACAAAUCCAAUCAAAUCCAAUGUAUUUAUAUAGCCCUUCGUACAUCAGCUGAUAUCUCAAAGUGCUGUACAGAAACCCAGACUAAAACCUCAAACAGCAAGCAAUGCAGGUGUAGAAGCACGGUGGCUAGGAAAAACUCCCUAGAAAGGCCAAAACCUAGGAAGAAACCUAGAGAGGAACCAGGCUAUGUGGGGUGGCCAGUCCUCUUCUGGCUGUGCCGGGUGGAGAUUAUAACAGAACAUGGCCAAGAUGUUCAACAACCUCUCCCUCAAUGUCAGCAAGACAAAGGAGCUGAUUGUGGACUACAGGAAAUGGAGGGCCGAGCACGCCCCAAUUUACAUCAUCAAGGCUGCAGUGGAGCGGGUUGAGAGCUUCAAGUUCCUCAGUGUCCACAUCACUAAGGAUCUAGAAUGGUCCAAACACACCAACACAGUGGCGAAGAGGGCACAACAACUCCUCAUCCUCCUCAGGAGGCUCAAACGAUUUGGCAAGGGGCCAUCAGAUCCUCAAAAAAUAAAGUAAAACAAUUAAAUAAAGAAUAAAAGAAAUCUAAAUAAAAGUUAUACAUGAGCAUGACUGGCAGCAUCACCGCUUGGUAUGGCAACUACUUGGCAUCACUGGGAAGGAGCUCCCUGCCAGGCGGUGUCAGAGGAAGGCCCUAAAUUAAAAAUAAAAUUAAAACUCCAGCGCCCAAGUCAUAGACUGCACCAAGUAUGGAACUAACAGGACCCUGAACAGCUUCAACCCCCAAGCAAUAAGACUGCUAAAUAGUUAGUCAAAUAGCUACCCGCAAUAAGACGGCUAAAUAGUUAGUCAAAUAGCUACCCGGACUAUCUGUAGUGAGCCUUUUUGCAAUAACUUGUUUUGAAACAUCAACUCGGUACGGCUACCCCUUGUAUCCAAGUUAUUGUUACUCAUGGUGUAUCUAUUAUUACAUGUAUUAUUGAUUGUUUUACUUUCUCUAGUUUCCUUCUCUCUGCAUGGUUGGGAAGUUCCCGUAAAACAAACUUUUCCCUGUUAGUCCACACCUGUUGUUUACGAGGCAUGUGACGAAUAAAAUUAGAUUUGAUGUUGCUGCAUUUGUGGGCGGAGUGCGCGAGCGCUGAAAUCGUUGCGCACCUGUCAACUGGGCACUGGGUAGGUGAUGCUAGAUGAUGGCGAAUGUCUUUAAUGUGAUCUGAGUUUGUUUUUCGGCGACUAUUGGGGCAACAGAGUCACUUAAGAAGGCAAAAGGAAAUAAUAAAACCAGGGAGUCAUUGAAGGAGUUUUGUCGUGGCAGCGUCACAAACUUGGGACCGAAUAACAACACCAAACCAAAGGUGAAUUCAUGUAAACAAAAUCAACAACUUUUUUUUUGUCCGCUGCUCUUCAUUGCAGCCAACUCAGACUAUUGUUUAUUGUACUUUAAACGCGCAAUGGCUUCUCCGGGUGCCAGUUCGAGCCCUUUGAGUAUCCUGGCUCCCAAAACGAAGACAAAGAAGAAACAUUUUGUACAGCAGAAAGUGGAGGUGUUCCGAGCCAGUGACCCUAUUCUAAGCGUCCUUAUGUGGGGAGUCAAUCACUCGAUUAAUGACCUGGUCCAGGUGCCUGUCCCCGUCAUGCUGCUUCCUGAUGACUUCAAAGCCAAUACCAAGAUCAAAGUCAACAACCAUCUCUUCAACAAAGAGAAUCUUCCAGGACAUUUCAAGUUCAAAGAGUAUUGUCCACAGGUGUUCCGCAAUCUCCGAGAGCGCUUUGGAAUCGAGGAUCUGGAUUAUCAGGCUUCUCUGGCACGCAGCCCUCCAGUGAAGGACGGGGAUGGUCACGGAGUGGGGCUGCUGCUGACAUCAUAUGAUCGCACCCUGAAACUCAAACAGAUCUCCAGUGAGGAAGUGGAGGACAUGCACAACAUCCUAUCUGAAUAUCACCAGCACAUAGUGACGUGUCACGGCAGCACGCUGCUGCCUCAGUUUCUGGCCAUGUACCGGGUGACCGUGGAGAGUGAGGACACCUACCUCAUCGUUAUGAGGAACAUGUUCAGCCACAGGCUCAACGUUCACAGGAAGUACGACCUUAAGGGGUCUCUGGUGUCCCGUGAAGCGAGUUUAAAGGAAAAGGAGAAAGAGUUGCCCACGUACAAAGAUGUGGACUUCAGGAAUAACAUGCAGAAGGUUUAUGUGAGUGAGGAGGAGAAGGAGAGGAUCAUGGACAAGCUCAAUAGAGACGUGGAGUUCCUGGUGCAUCUGAGGAUCAUGGACUACAGCCUGCUGCUGGGGAUCCACGAUGUGGGCCGGGUGGAGGAGGAGGAGAUGGAGGAGGAGUCGUAUGACGAUUAUGAUGCGGAGGACGAGGAGGAGGAGGAGAACAGUCUGACUCCUGCUCCUACUGUGGGCUCCUAUGGCACCUCCCCUGAGGGCAUCGCUGGCUACAUGAACUCCUUUAAACCCCUGGGGCCCGGGGAGUUUGACCCUUAUGUAGACGUCUACGCCAUUCAGAGUGCUGUGGGUGCACCCCAGAGUGAGGUGUACUUCAUGGGUCUGAUUGACGUCCUGACUCACUAUGACACCAAGAAGAAAGCCGCUCAUGCUGCCAAGACCGUCAAACAUGGGUCUGGAGCAGAAAUCUCCACCGUUCACCCUGAGCAGUACGCAAAGAGGUUCCGUGAGUUCAUUGCUAAGAUCUUUGCCUAGCUUACCAGACAACAGCUACAUCUACAGUACCAUGGCCGACUCGAUACGAAAAAAACUCCCCAUUUAGUACCUUGUUGUUACAAUUCAUUAUCUAACAGACACUGUAUUUGAUUCUAAUAUUUAACGACACUGCUUUUUGAUUUCAUGAAUCAAUUCAAGUAGAUGAUAUUGUAUAUAGAUAACUACAGAGCAAAUAUACAGUAUAUUAACUAAGAAAUAUACCGUUUUUUAAAGAUAUUUAUUUAAUUGAAGUUUAAAAAAAGACUCUUGGUACUAGCUUUGCCACCUGUGGAACACGAGAGAAACUACCUCGUCACAUGCCUCGAGUUCUGGUUGACUGGAAUUUUGGAGACCUGGCAGAAUUCUAUUGGCUGUGGAAGUCUGACAACAGAGUGCGUUUGAAUGGCUUCGGUGACGAUGGGAAGAGAGAGAGCAUUGUCUUUGUGGUAUGCUCUUCCAGCUGAUUCUGACUGGAUGGAGGCACAAAAGGAAGGAGUGACCGCAGCGAUGGCUAUUAAUUUAUGGACACACACACUGGACUGGUAUUUUAGAAAGACUGAUCGAUGUCCCGCUUUGCCUAGAUUUCCUUAAAUCGAAACAAGGUGGAGAAAUUCCUUUAAGUGUUUUGAAAUCACUGAUGUAUCUUAAUAUAUUGGGAGUGGCUCCUAAAUCCGUGAGCGGAUAUUUUAUUUCUCAGGCUCCGUAUCUGUGAGUGCGCAAAUUCUCGCAGUAGGUCUCAUUCAUUUUCUCAUGCCGAACCCAGAUUAGAUACAUGGCUAGUUAAAUCGGAAUUAAAUUGCAAAAAUAUGAUAUUCGCAAUGUCACUAAGAAAAAAACAAAACCACUACAAUGUCAAUGAUUUUGUCAUGAGUUAAGUACCAUUUGCUUGAUUUGAGGACCCAUGACGAAGGUUUAUCGUCAUUAGCUAGCUAACGUUAGACAAGCUGUAUUCAAGUCCAUUGGAAACCGAUGCAACCCUGGUGGCUACGUGGCUAGCUAGACGACCGGUAGUGGCAGUAAGGUCCAUAUGAGAAACAAGGCUCUAAGUGCCAUCGUGCACAUAAAAUACUGUUUGAUGAGUUAGCUAAGAAGGUAUACCAGUUAUCAUGUUAACUAGCUUUGCAUGCAUGGCAGGACCAGUGUUGUCCAAGAUGGUUGAUCGUUUCUGGUGAUGUGUCAACAUUACAACCAAAUUGCAACCUAUGGGACGCAAACAUUCCUGCACAUACACAUACACAGGUAUCGGAUAACAAUAAGAAAUAUUUCUCAAUAUAUUGCAUAUUUAGUCCACAAUUUCUCUGACAUUUGGCUUGUAGUUCUUGCACAACAAAGAAGUAGAGACCGUUUUCAGGGACCUACCCAAUCAAAACAAACAGUGAAAUUAUAGUUGGGGAGAAAUUAACCAUACGAGCGCUACUAGGUGUCAAUGUAUCCCCACAGAUAAAAAUUAAUUUCAACAGUACUUAAUAGAGUCCACUAACUUGCUGCACUGGUGUAAACUAUUACUAUUGCACAUGAUUUGUAUAUUGACAUAUCUGGGACAUUUUGGAGAACACUUAUGGAUCUGUUAGACACAUACACACAUCUAUGUAUUUUCUCUGUAAACGGAUUUGUAUUUCUUGGGUGAGGUGGGGCUAACUAAAUAAGAAAUGACAAUCCAGGACGAAUGGAAAUACAGCCUGCUUUGUGAUAUCAAAUGCCUUCUUACAUUUUAAGAUGGGGUAUGCAACCAAGCACACAAAAAUAUUAUAGAUGCCCCAAAAUAGAUUGAAUGGGCUUGUAAUUCGCACAGUACUGAUGAAAAAUCAAGUGCAUUUGAUGUAAAUAUAGGUAUACAAGGACAUCUCGUGGUCAGCAGGUUUUUCAUCCUCAGUCACUAGCUAUCAUAAUUGUGUAUCCCUCCUUCACAAGCUUGAUGUUUCCUAUGCAAAAAGGCAAAACGACGCAGGUAUUUAUGUAACUGAUGUGAAACGCUUGUUUAGUUGGUGGUGCACGCUAAAUAGUGUUUCAAUCGAUGACGUCACUUGCUCUGAGACCUUGAAGUAGUGGUUCCCCUUGCUCUGCAGGGGCCGCGGCUUUUGUGGAGCGAUGGGUAACGAUUCUUCGUGGGUGACUGUUGUCGACGUGUGCAGAGGGUCCCUGGUUCGAGCCCGGGUAUGGGCGAGGGGACAGUUUAAAGUUAUACUGUUACAUUUACAUUGCAACAUAUAUUGUCAAAACAAAAUAAAAUUGUAUGAGAAACCAUAACUUUAAUUAAUAGCCGGGGUGUUUAUUUUCUUAAAUCACUGAACACAACUGCCUUUUAUUAGAACAUGCUUCUAUUUGAGCCGGGCAUCUAUCUCCUUAAUGCACACAGUUUUUGCAAAUUUGCAUAGUUAAUUGUCUAAUUCCAGCGUUCACAUCCAGUGUUAUCGUUUACAAACGGUGUCAUGUUUAUUUUGUGUUAGUAUUCCACUAUAAAUACAACUUUUUAAAAAACUUUGCUGUGCAUUUUCGGCAGUUCUUACUUUCGCCACUAGAGACGAUUUCUAGGGGUCUGUUCCCAAAGUUUUUGUUUCCAAACAGUGUUUUUGUGCUUGCCAGUUAGCUAGCCGUUCUCUGCUGUUAGCAACCAAUGGCUAGCAGUUUCUUUCUGGUGAUUAAAAACAGAUGAUUACCAUCAUUUCUUUGAGACAUUACUGAAUUAUUUAACGUAACGAAUCAAACGUUAAAUCAAUUCAUGGUAAUCUCAAACA